AUGACCAGUCUGAUCACCCUGAUCCCACAGGUUGAUCAAUUCUUACAGUCAAUUGUUGACUCCGAAUACGCCCAAUAUGCAUUACUAGUGCCAUUGCUUUUCGGAACUUUGAAACUUACGAUUUUGCUCCUCAGAUUUGGUUCCUUGAUCUUUGACACAUUUAUCUUGCCACCGGUUGAUUAUAGGAAAUUUGGUGCCUACACGGGCAAUUGGGCCGUCGUUACCGGGGCCUCGGAUGGAAUUGGCAAGGAAUUCGCCUUGCAAUUGGCCAAACGCGGCAUGAGUAUCGUUUUGGUGUCAAGAACCCAAUCGAAAUUGGAAUUGCUCGCAAAGGAAAUCAGCGCCACCUACAAGGUCGGCACCAAAAUCGUGGCAUUUGAUGCAGCAGCAGACGACGAGGCCAACUACUCGGAAUUGGAAAAGGCCAUCUUCGAUACUCCAGUCACGAUAUUAGUCAAUAACGUGGGCCAAUCGCACUCCAUCCCCGUGCCAUUUUUGGAAACCGAGCAAAAGGAAUUGAGAGAUAUAAUCACCAUCAACAAUACGGCAACGUUGAGAAUCACGCAAAUUGUAGCGCCCAAUAUCGUAUCCACCGUGGAGAGAGCCAACACCACCAACUCGAAACUGGCCCGGUUGAAAGGAUUGGUGUUGACCAUGGGCUCAUUCGGUGGUCUCUUGCCCACCCCAUACUUGGCGACUUAUUCGGGCUCCAAGGCGUUCUUGCAAGCUUGGUCUAGCGCUUUAGCAGGCGAAUUGGCGCCUUUUGGAGUCGACGUUGAAUUGGUUAUAUCGUAUUUGGUCACAUCUGCAAUGUCCAAAAUCAAGCGUCCGUCAGCUACCAUCCCCACACCCAAGCAGUUUGUUGCAGCUACCUUGAACUCGGUAGGUCGUAGGAACGGAGCUCAGGAUAGAUUUGCUACUAGUACACCAUAUUGGACGCAUGCCUUGAUGCAUUUUGCGAUUGAAAACACCGUGGGUGUUUACUCCAAGAUUGCCAAUACGUUGAACUUGAAGAUGCAUCAGUCUAUCCGGGCUAGAGCUUUAAAGAAGCAAAAAAGAUUGGCUGGUGAGAAACAAGAUUAG